AUGCUAGCAGAGCGAAUGAUCUAUCAUCAGUCAGAUCUGUCUGCAGCACACCACAGUCUCGGUCUCAGUCUGCAGAGUGGCUCAUCUUUGCUCACUCCCAGCUAUGGUUCCUCUAUAUCCAACCCAACCACACAAGAAGAUGCAUGGAGUUUGUUCAAUCCUCGAAGCGCUGAAAAUAGACGGGCACGCGGUGUAUCACGCCGAUUCAAUGUUGAAUCGCCGCGCUAUCCUCGCAGUGAACUUCAUGACAAAGGUGUUGUGCCUUCUGAUGAAGGCUACUUCUCAGUCGAAACAAGCCAAUGGGCACUUGUUAACGAGGCUGACUACUCGAGCCAAGGUUUGCCAUUAGAAUUCUACAGCCGAAUUGAAAACAUCAAUGUCGAAUCUAUGGUUAGUAUUGCUACAGGAGUGUCAACAGUACCCUCGGAUCAAAGGUCUCGUGUUAGCAGCACGCGUAGCCAGUUAGUGCUACAGCAACAGUAUAUGAGGCUGAUAUACAUGCGAAAGUGUGAGUCUGAGGCAGAAGAAGAGACCAAAUGA